CAGCGCCAACCGGCUGGGGACGAAGCUGAUGUCCGUCUCAUCCGCCAGCUCGUGUCCGCAAGCCCUGCAGAGGAUGAGGCUGCCCGGCCCGCCGUCCGCCGCCGCGGCACACGCCUCCCCAGGCCGUGCUUCCAUAACGGAGUCUCCAUAGUCCCCCAGCAUUGCCUCAGUUUUGUAUUUACGCCGCUAAAGAAAUGAAAAGCCGAGAUUCCCCGCCGCCCGUUCACGUUCAUGUGCCGGAGACAACACCUGUGCACGUUCACAUGAGGAGGAGCCCCAGCACUCAGCAGAGGAGGAGUAAGGACGUGCAAAUGAGAGCAGAUGGAGGUGGAGGGCGUGUACGCUCCCCUGCAAGGGUGAAGCCGUGGAUUCCUCCAGGAAAAACACCCACCCGAAGAGAUUUGAGCUCGCACAAGUGGCAGGAUGCAGAGGAGAGAUUUGGCAGCUGUGAGAAACGUGGAAGUAAGCUCGACCGACUGAUGAUGGACGCAGAGUCACCGAAGACCGAGUUGCGGAUGAAGGAAAGCAGAGCGCAGCGCUGGCCGGAGAGAGCGAUCGGCCUCCGGCAAGACGCAGGCGAGGGGGAAGACGAGCUGGCCGCAGCACCCAAAAAGCUCAGCGUGUUGCUCCGGGAGCAAGAAAGCAACCGUCGUUUUUUAAAGAAGGGAGACGGCGGGGCGUCCCAGCAGGAGACGGACCUGCUGCUCAGGGCUCUCGUCGAGGCAGAGAUCGACGGCGUGACGGUAGCCAAUCAGCUGUCAGCGCUGAAAGAAACUGUUGAUGGCCUCGCCAAGGAUAAGCGACUAUCAAAGUCGAAUGCAGCUUCCCUCGGCCGGCAGCAGGAGCUGCUGUUAGAGAAGAUUGAGAUAUUUGACCACACAAACCACAGCCUGCGGGAGCUGCUCAGAGAGUGGCUGGAGUACGAGAAAGAAUCACUGGUGACGUCCGAGCAGAGAGAUUCAUUAAAGAAGAGACUGGCCGACAGCGAAGCGGAGAACAUUCGACUUGUGGCCAAACUCAGCAGCAAAGAGAAAGAGGCCUCCAAACUUGCUGAGCAUUUGGAUUUUGAAAAGGACAACGUGAAAACAACCGAAGAGCUUUCCAAAAUCCUGGAGUCGACUCGCAGCCAUCUCGAAUCUCAGCUGAACAGGAAAGAAGCAGAGAACAGCCAUCUGGCCGGCCAGAUUCAGAGGAUGCAGCAGAGCCACGGCCGGCAGCAGCAGGAGCUCCAGGCCCUGCAGGAGGAGCUGCAGGAGCUCCGGCAGCACCGAGAGCAGGAGCAGGAGGCGGGGAGCCAGGAGGCCGCCGCCCUGCUGGCCCAGCAUGUUGAGCGGGCCGAGGAGACAGCCAGGCAGCUCGCCAGCAGGCUGCACGACAAGGAGUCCCAGCUGGCACAGGCUCUGUCCACAUCCAACGACUGGAGCGCCCGACACGCUAAAGAGGCGGCUGCUAAAGGCCAGCUGGAGGAGGAAGCUGCUGCUCUCAGAAUCCGCCUGGCCGAGCUGAGCUCCCAGCUUCAGUCGGCGGAGGAGAGGAGCCGGGCGGAGAGGGAGGAGCUGAUGGAGCAGCUGCACGCUCUGAGCGCUGAGAACGCCUCCACCAAACUGGAGAACCAGACGCUGAAGGUCUCGUUUAGCUCAUCUGAAGAAAAGCUGAAAGAUCUGCACGCUGAAGCUCGGCGCCUGAAAUCCUCCGUCAGGAAGCAGGAGAGUCUGGUGGACAAAUACAAGACGAAGGUCCAGCAGGCCCGUCUGGAGGCGGAGGAGUACUGCCUGAAGCUGGACGUCACACAGCGCGAGGCGCGGGAUGCCAAGCUGAGCCUGGAGAGGGAGAUGGAGCAGCUGAGGAGGGAGCUGCUGGACCGUCUGAUCGAACUUGAGCCGCUGCCCGACAAGCUGAGGAGGGCCGAGCUGCAGCUGCGAGAGGCCCAGCAGGAGGCCGACGCCCGCGAGAGGAGGAGCCUGGAGCAGAGCAGCGCCCUGUCGGACGUCCGGCACAGGGUGGAGCAGCAGGGCUCUCAGCUGGAGACGUUUCAGCAGAGGAAUUUGCUCCUGCAGGAAGAAAACAACGCACUGAGAGAGAAAACCGAGAGCCUGGACAGGAAACUGGAGGAGAUGAAGUUGGAGAACAAACAGAUGUCUCAGGUUAUCGCGGCGAAGGAAGCCGCCGUCCGCAGCGUCCAGCAGCAGCUGGAGGAGAAGGCGAGCGAGUGCAGCAUCCUGAGCAGACAGCUGGAACACACACUGGACGACACAAAGAGACAGGUGGACGACAGCCUGGCGAGGGCGCUGGCCAAAGAGAGAGGGUCUCAGUCCAAAGCCCUGGACCUGGAGAGCCAGCUGAGCCUCGCCAGAACCGAGCUGAGCCAGCUACACAGGAGCAAGGAGGAAAUGGAGCGCCGUUUCCAGGGUCAGCUGAAGAACAUGAAGGACAGACUGGAGCAGUCCGACUCCACCAACCGCAGCCUGCACAACUACGUCCACUUCCUCAAAACCUCUUACGGCAACGUGUUUGGGGAAUCUUUACUCUCAAGUUAAAUUUUUUUUAAAUUGCAUUUUCCAACCUGACUGGAUCUCCGUCCUCCAGAGAGCGAGAGACAGACCUACAACAUGCCGUCAACCACGAAUUUCUACAACUACUAAACUAACGAGGCGUCAUUUUAAAUGUUUCAAUUUUGUCUGAAUAUAUUUUAUGUAAGCUUUUUUUGAAUAAAGUUUUUUUUUUUUUUUUAUUUAUCAUUUGCACAAAGACAAUAUCUACGCAGUUUCUGCUCCUGCUUGCAAUGAAUGAAUAAAUGAUGGAGCUUUUUACUUUGAAUAAUAAAAAAAAGAAAACGUG